AUGGGCGCAGAUGGAUCAGGCUCCGGCAACGUCUCAAAGGCGCCGGGGGCCAACGAGCAUCCAGUCGAAACCCCAAGACUAUCCCCUGAAGAGCGAGCUGUAACGUUCCGCCAACGCAUGCAAGGACCAGUCGACCGACUGUACCGGACAUACAUCGUCGAAGGACUUCUACGACAGAAGCCGCUGCCUCCCUCGAAGAAUGGACGACAUAUUCCUCUAAAGGCUACCCACGAUGAGCCAUUGGUCGACGAGAGGCGGGACCAUGCGUACGUCUCGAACAGUGUACGGUCAUCGCGAUAUACCGUUUGGGACUUCGUGCCGAAGCAACUGUUCUUCCAGUGCACUCGACUCGCCAACUUCUACUUUAUUUGCAUUGCGAUACCGCAGGCGAUUCCUGGAUUCAGUACUACCGGUAACUAUACGACCAUUCUGCCGGUAGCCUUCUUUAUCCUCUUGACCAUGUCCAAAGAAGGAUACGACGACUACCGGAGGCAUCGAAUGGACGUGAUCGAAAACAACGCGCUGGCGACAGUACUACGGCCGAAGCACUCAGGUUCCUCCACAAACACGUUCGGGAAGUCGGUAUCACGCACUUUCUCUAGGCUGUUGCGAGCACUUCCACUCCCAGGCAGGCGAAGAAAGCGCGCAGCACGUGUAGAUUAUGAAGAGAAGGAUGCAGACGAAGACGCGGACAGCCAUUGGACUAGAGUCAAGUGGCAGGACAUCCAAGUCGGUGAUGUGCUGAAGCUGAAAAGAGACGACCAGGUGCCCGCCGAUAUUGCUCUUCUUCAUGCGAGCGGAGAAGAGCGAAUAGCAUAUGUCGAGACCAUGGCUUUGGAUGGCGAAACGAACCUCAAGAGCAGGACUGUGCCGCACGCCCUGCGAAAUUGCUGCGACAUCAAGGGCAUCAAGGAGACUGAAGCGGAGUUCGUGACCGAGGAUCCAAACCGCGACUUGUACACUUUCAAUGGAAGCGUGACGGUGGACGAGAAGACUCUUCCGCUGACUCUGAACGAAGUCUUGUUCCGGGGUAGCGUCCUGCGAAACACUCAAUCCAUCAUCGGUCUGGUCAUCAACACUGGUGAAGAGUGCAAGAUCCGGAUGAACGCGAACCACCAUCCACGAGCAAAGAAGCCACGUCUGGAGCGAUACACCAAUCACAUCGUCCUCACCUUGAUCGCUUACGUGAUUAUUCUAUCGGUCGGCUGCUCAGGAGGCUACCUCAUCUGGAGAGACAGCACGGAAGAGCAUUCUUGGUAUCUCAACGAUGCUUCUGUUCCUUACAAACAGAUCAUCAUCGGAUAUAUGAUAAUGUUCAACAAUGUGAUUCCGUUGUCGCUGUAUAUAAGCUUGGAGAUUGUCAAGGUUGGACAGAUGCUAAUGGUAAUGGGAGACGAAGGAAUGUUUGACGAAGAAACGAACACGACUAUGACUUGUAACACUAAUACUAUUCUGGAGAACUUGGGCCAGGUCAGCUACGUGCUGUCGGACAAGACGGGCACUUUGACGGAGAACAUUAUGCAGUUUCGGGGAUUGAGUGUGGCUGGCACUGCCUGGCUACACAAGCAGAACGACGGUGAGGCGGUGAUGCAGAAGGAAGGGCGAAAGAGUGUCACCGUGAAUAGGAAGUCUGAGGACCCAGGAAAGGGCAGCUCGGAAGGUGAUGGUCCGGGCAUUGUAAUCCAGGAGACAGAACUUUCCACGGCACCCACUUUGGACCGACGGACCUCUGACUAUCUGGAACGGCCUUCGUUGCACAGACGAUCGACAGAUCACCGGCGGCCAGGCUACCUCGAGGGUACAACCGCAGACCUCCUUGCGCGGCUGCGGCGCAAUCCAAGCUCUGCUUUCUCUCGCAAGGCUCGCGACUUCAUACUCGCGGUAGCGUUGUGCCACACAGCUAUUCCGGAGCGGACUGCCGAUGGCGCGAUCAACUUCCAGGCCUCUUCGCCAGAUGAGAUUGCGCUUGUAAAGGCUGCGCAGGAUCUUGGGAUGCUCGUCAUCAACCGCACGACCCAGACUGUGACUCUGCACGAGACUGACGAUGCGGGUAAGGAUGAACGAAAAACGUACGACGUUCUGGACGUCAUCGAGUUCAGCAGCAAGCGGAAGCGGAUGUCAAUUAUCAUCAGGUAUCCAGACGGCGCCAUACGACUGCUGUGCAAAGGUGCCGACAGCGCCAUCCUCCCUCGUCUCAAGCAAGCGGCACUUGCAGCACGAAAGUCGCAGGAAGUGCGCAGAAGCAUCCAACUCGAGCGUCAAGCGAAUCGCAUGAGUGGGCAGAGCACACCUCGGACCAGCUUUGGCGGACGUCCGAGCCUCACCAUACGGCGCAGGAGCUCACUGGACAUUCGACCUGAUCCGAAGCGGCACACGCUGGAUGUGCCACGAUUCGACCAGCAUCUACGACCUCCACUUGGUCGCCAUAGCACAGAUCGCAGGAGUAUGCCAUCCUUCGACAAUGCCUCCGUUGCCGAUGACGGCCAAGUCUUCACGCGAUGUUUCAAGCAUCUGGAAAAUUUCGCCACUGAUGGCCUCCGUACGCUUGUCUUUGCGCAGAAAGAGCUCACAGAGGACGAGUACGCUUCGUGGAAGCAGCUUUAUCAAGAUGCUACCACUGCUCUGCUCAACCGGCAAGAGCGCAUUGAAGCAGCUGGCGAGGUCGUCGAGCAAGGCAUGGAUCUGCUGGGUGCUUCUGCCAUCGAAGACAAGCUGCAGAAGGGUGUGCCUGAGACGAUUGACAAGCUACGCCGGGCCAACAUGAAAAUCUGGAUGUUGACUGGCGACAAGCGAGAGACGGCCAUCAACAUCGCCCAUGCAGCCAAUAUCUGCCAGCCGGAUUCAGAGGUUACGGUCAUUGACACUACCAAAGGCAAUCUGCUGGGUCAGCUCCAUGGCCUCGCGGAAGAGCUUCGAAUCGAUGGACUGCACAGCGUUGCUGUCAUCGAUGGGCAAACACUUACCGACGUUGAGGCCAACAAAGAGCUGUCCGACCUCUUCUACUCGCUGCUACCGAUAGUCGACUCCGUUAUUUGCUGCCGAGCAAGUCCAGCCCAGAAAGCAGGUAUUGUGGAAGGCAUCCGAGCUCGCAUGCCCGGACUCACUCUUGCGAUCGGCGACGGCGCGAACGACAUCGCUAUGAUUACCACAUCCCACGUCGGCAUCGGUAUCUCUGGCAAGGAAGGUCUGCAAGCUGCCCGUGUAGCAGAUUUCAGCAUCGCACAGUUCCGCUUCCUGCAGCGCCUUCUGCUUGUUCAUGGCCGCUGGAACUACAUCCGCACAGCCAAGUUCAUCCUGUGGACGUACUGGAAGGAGAUGUUCUUCUACACUGUCCAAGCGAGCUAUCAGCGCUACAACGGCUACUCUGGCUCCAGUUUGUACGAGCGCUGGUCGCUUACCGCCCUCAACACCCUCUUCACAUCUCUCUGCUGCAUCCUUCCCGGCAUGUUCGAGCAAGACCUUUCAGCCGAGACCCUCCUCGCAGUCCCCGAACUGUACGUCCACGGCCAACGAAACGGCGACCUCAACCUCCCAACCUACCUCAUGUGGAUGGUCCUCGGCACCUCCCAAGGCCUGCUCGUCUGGUACAUCUCCUGGCAAAUGUACAACAAGCACAAUAUCAUGGGCGACAACGGCACCUACUCGGUCGGGAACCUCUGCUUCAGCCUCGCCAUUAUGUGGACGAACAUCAAACUCCUGCUCAUGGAGACGCAUUACAAGACGACGAUCAUCGCCGUCGGCUUCAUCAUCACGGCUGGCGGUUGGUGGGGCUGGAGCGCUUUCCUCGCUUCAGCGUAUUCGGAGAACCUCAGUCCUUUUGACGUCAAGUACGGCUUCAACAAGGGCUAUGGCACAGAUCCGAACUGGUGGCUCACGCUCGUUGUCACGCUCGCGGUGCUCGUCACGAUUGAGCUGGGCUGGAAAACUGUGAGGAGGUAUCUGGCGCAUGCGGGCUGGUGGCCGCUGUGGAAGCGGAGGACGGGUGGGAGCGCGAAGAGUGCGGAGGAGUUGGAUUUGUCUGUUUGGCAGGAGAUGGAGCGGGAUCCGGCUGUGAGGGAGCGGCUGAGGGGGUUGGCGAGGGAUCAGGGGGAGGAGGUUGAGGGGAAGGGGGUUGGGGAGGCGUGGAAGCCGGGUCGAUGA